AUGUGGAUAUGUUUACGUUUUGCUAUAUAAUGAAUACAUGCUAAAAUAAAUCAGACAGACAGCCAUGAUGAGGGGGAUGGAGUUAGUCGAUAUAUUUCUAUUCGUGAUCGGUCUGAAUGGGAUUUUGUUGUCGCCCAAGUCAAUGUUUUCUCUGCAUUUCCAAGAGGAAUUCAGAAUUCAAGAUAUUAUCCGGUUCGUACAGAGCGAUCAAAGUUGUGAAUUUUUUCUACAGGAAAUCCCAUCACUCAUUCGACAAGACAACUUGACAUCUCAUCAAAAUGGGGAGACUUGCACACUUCUCACUUCCUUCGACAAUUCGUCAUCAAAUGAAACGAUCCGGCUUAGCGGUAUUGUUGUAAGGCUCUAUGCAAAUGUCAAGAAAUAUGAAUUUUCUAUGAUGCCUAACCAAUGCAAAGGAAACACUUCAUUCAACGAAAUUCAGAUUCAUGUCUCAUGUCAACCUACAAAAGCACAUAACGUAAACAUAUGCGAUGAUGGAAGAGGUUGCAACACUGGAAGAGAAUUCUGCAGAAAGCUAUUUGAGGAUGAAAAUGAAAAAGAGCUUUGUAUUGUUGGGAUGUCUUUGAACGAAUCAUGCUCUCACGACCGUCAGUGCACUGGUACUGCAAACGCUGGAAGGUGUCAACAGAACAAACAGGGUCGAGGUGGUGGUGUUUGUUCCUGCGACCCAGGAUUCUUUCAAGAGGGUUCGAAUUGUUUACAAGUUGGGUCAGUCAUAGGGGAGACGUGUACAGCAAAUGCAGAAUGUACCGGUACACAAAAUGGCGGAAGAUGUGUCUACAGCGAGGCUACACGGACUCAAACAUGUGCCUGCGAUGAGGAUUUUCUAACAAAUGGUUCAUAUUGUUUACCAGUGAACAAAACGCUUUUUGAGACUUGUGAAGUAGACGAUCAGUGCAAUGGAACAUUGGGUUUGGAGAUAUGCAGAACAGUUGGUGAUAGAAAGAUGUGUGUCUGUGGAUCUCAAUAUAUAGUGGACAUGACUUCCUUAACAUGUCACAAAGGUAGUCGACGCCUUUUCCAAUCUUGCGAAUUCCACAGACAAUGUACAGGAACUUAUGGGGCACGGGAAUGUAAGGUCAUCGCUGGUAUAAAAAUGUGUCACUGUCCGAAUAAUCACACAGUCGUUCGAGACGUUUGUGUAAAAGUUGGGUCAGUCAUAGGGGAGAUGUGUAUAAUCGGUGAAGAAUGUACCGGUACACAAAAUGGCGGGAGAUGUGUCUACAGCGAGGCUACGCGGACUCAAACAUGUGCCUGCGAUGAGGAUUUUCUAACAAAUGGUUCAUAUUGUUUACCAGUCAAUAAAAAGCUUUUUGAGACUUGUGAAGUAAAUGAUCAGUGCAAUGGAACGUUGGGUUUGGGGAUAUGCAGAACAUUUGGUGAUAGAAAGGUGUGUGUCUGUGGACCUCAAUACAUAGCUGACAUGGCUUCCUUAACAUGUCACAAAGUUGGUAGACAGCUGCUUGAAUCCUGUGAGUGUGGUUUGCAAUGUAACGGGACUACAAAUGCAACUGUGUGUGGAUUGUUUGGAAACAGAUCACUAUGCUUUUGCAAUAAAGGCAUUGUUGAGUCUAAAGGGAAAUGUACCGAAGGUAACCAUAGUUAUGGACAUCUUCACUUAAACAACAAAAUGCAAGAGAGAGAGAGAGAGAGAGAGAGAGAUGGUAAAGGUCUUGGUGAAUCAUGUGAAAUUGACAGUGUACAGAAACACUACAUGCUGGUGUUUGUGGUGAAAAUAGUUCGUGUUCCUGCGAUUGCGGGCUCAUCAGAGAAGACAAAGGCUGUGUUAGAGGUUAAAUUUUACAAUUACACAACCUUAAAUAUAUUGAUGAGUCAUUCGUGA